UUGCCGUCAGAUUCUAAACGGCGAGUAAGUGACUUCAACGGGUAUUGCAAUUUGCCCACUGAAGGUGGACUUACAGUGUGGACGAGCAAAAUUAACAACAACGUAUUUGUGAAUUCAACGGAGUGAUGCAGAGAGAAUUUGCUGGUCAGUGAAAGAAAAAUAAAAAAAAAAAAAAAAAUCCAAAAUGGGCAUUUUAUUCACUCGAAUGUUCUCUUCUCUGUUUGGCAAUAGAGAAGCUCGAAUCCUUGUGCUAGGCCUCGACAAUGCUGGAAAAACCACCAUCCUCUAUCGGCUUCAAAUGGGCGAAGUAGUCUCCACGAUCCCAACAAUUGGAUUCAAUGUGGAAACUGUACAGUAUAACAAUAUUAAGUUCCAGGUCUGGGAUUUGGGUGGGCAGACAAGCAUCAGGCCAUACUGGCGAUGUUAUUUCCCAAAUACCCAAGCUGUGAUUUAUGUUGUUGAUUCAAGUGAUACUGAUAGAAUUGGAAUAGCCAAAGAAGAAUUUCAUGCGAUUUUGGAGGAGGAAGAACUGAAAGGUGCUGUUGUCCUCAUUUUUGCAAACAAGCAGGACCUCCCUGGUGCUCUUGAUGAUGCUGCUGUGACUGAGGCCUUGGAGUUGCACAAGAUAAAAAAUCGCCAAUGGGCCAUCUUCAAGACAUGUGCUGUUAAGGGUGAAGGCCUCUCUGAGGGCAUGGACUGGUUGAGUAAUACUCUCAAGUCAGGGGGCGGCUAACUUUGUCAGAGGAAGUGCAUGCUUGGAGUGAUCUUAAUUGUUAUUGCCAUUGAUUUAUGCUUGGAAUGCAUUUCUUGCUUGUCAUGUUUUUUCUUCUUAUUGUCCUUAUUUAUGGAGGUUAUACUUUUAGUAACAACAGCUAAAAGAGGUAUGAUAGUGAUUUACACAAUGAUUUUGGGAGGAAAAAAGGAAAAUAUACAUACGUUUUUCUCA